AUGACAAUGAAAGCAACAGAGACAGACAGUGACGGUGACAAUGACAGUGAUAGUGACAAUAACAUUGACGGUGAUACCGACAGUGAUAGUGACCGUGACAGUGACAGUAACAAUGACAGUGACAAUGACAGUGACAGUGACAGAGGACGGAUUGAUCAUGGACACCACGCCAAUAAGGCGGUGAAAGCUAUAAAUGAUGGCGUAGCCAUGGAGAAGGCAGUUAUGAAAGCAAAGGAAAUGAUAAAUAAAGAAACUUUGAUAACUGUCACCGCUGACCACUCUCACGUCUUCACCAUCGGCGCGUACCCCUGGCGCGGAAACCCAAUAUUUACCUUGGUGACUGAAACUGACGGAGACUUGGCGGUUGGAUCCGAUAACAAGACUUAUACCUCGCUCGGUUACGCAAACGGCCCAGGAGGCUUAACUGGGGUUCGUCCAGACCUAAGAGGAGUCGACACCACUAACAAAGACUAUCGCACCCAGGCUACAGUUCGUAAAAGUUCUGAGACUCACGGAGUUGAAGAUGUUGGGGUAUACGCGGACGGACCCGGGGCCUACCUGUUUCGUGGCGUAUUUGAACAGCAGUAUGUGUUCCACGUGAUGGAUCACGCGUUAUGUCUGAGUAGCAGCAAACAGAAAACAUGUAGAAAGCACGUGGUACGGGGAGGAGAACCGCUGGUCACAACAGGAAAACCGACCGCUUCAAGUGGAGGGUACUCCAUUUGUGCCUCUUCAUUUAUUUCGCUGAUAAUUUUGGCCUCUUGGAUAGCACUGUUGUUCUGA